AUAAAAAAAAUCAUAUUUCACAACGUUACUCAAAUUUAUUUAGUGAAACUCUUGUAUAUUCUUUUUUUCAUUUAAAUUUUUAAUCUUUCCCAAAACAACACAUAUAGCAUUUUGUGAUAUUACUAUAUAAAACAUAUAACUCAGGUGUGAAGUUCACUAUACUUUUAAAUUUAAUUCCAAGAGAUAGGUUAAGUAGUUAUCUUUAUAUUAGAAUAAUUUUAAUACAUAAUAUCGAAUUUAAAAUAUGGCAUCACCAUGGGGGAAUAUUGAAAAAGUACAAUCCACAAAUUUCGAAGAAAUAAUGUCAGAAGAAUAUGCAAAAGAUCUUCAGAAUAAAGAAAUCGAUAAAUAUACGAAAAAAAUUCGAGAUCAGAUAAACGAUGAGAAAAUUGCAGGUUUACUUCAAUCGGGAGUUGAAUUAAAUGAAGUUGUUUCAAAAGAUACUUUAUCAAACACUAAUUUUAUAACUUAUUCAACUUCAACUGCAGAUGUAUUAGAAGUUUUGGAAAAAAACAAAACUGAAAAUUCAUUCCCCGAAGAAGUUUGUGGUUCAGAUGAGUUAAUAGCUCGUGUUCUUCAAAGUCAAUUCGAUCAUGAAUAUAACGAAGAAUUAAAACGUCUUGAAAAACAAAAAAACAAAGAAUCUAAAGUUUCUAUUUCUUUGGAAAAUUACAAACGUGCUGAAGAUUUUGAGAGUGAUUCUGAUGAAGAUUUAGAUGAUGUUUAUUAUAGUGAAAAGAAGGAUUGGGAUCGUUUUGAAACUAAUGAAAAACGCUUUGAAGCCAUACCAAAAUGUGGUUUUAAAAUAAACCAAGAAAAUGGCAAAAUGAUAACAAAACAUGACUCACAAAUUUGUAGUAUACGAAACGCAUGCAAAGUUAUGUCAUUUCCACCUGAAUUUCCUACAGGAGAUGGUGCUGGUUUUGAUAUGAAGCUCUCAAAUCAAGUUUAUAACCAACUUAAAACUUAUUCAAGAAACAUAAAAAAGAACAAAAUGUCUGAUAGAAAAGUUAAUCAAGCAACUGCUGAAAUGGGAGUUGAUGCACGAACAAGAUUAUUGUUAUAUAAAUUAAUAAACAAUCAAUUACUUGAACAAAUAAAUGGAAUAAUUUCAACAGGAAAAGAAGCUCUUAUUCUUCAUGCUGUUUCUGAUCCAAAUUAUGAUGGAGAUUUAAUUAUUCCCAAGGAAUGUGUUGUAAAAGUUUUUAAAACAACACUUAAUGAAUUUAAGCAAAGAGAUCGUUAUAUAAAAGAUGAUUUCCGUUUUAAAAAUCGCCUCAAAACAUUUCAAAAACAAAAUAACCACGUUGUUAUAAAUAUGUGGGCGGAAAAAGAAAUGCACAACUUAAUGCGUAUGCGAAAAUUUAAAAUAAACUGCCCGGAUGUUAUCAUAUUGAAAAAGCAUAUAUUAGUAAUGUCUUUUAUUGGAGAUAAUCAUAAUGCAGCACCUAAAUUAAAAGACGCAAAAUUGACAGACGCAGAAUUGAGUUUAGCUUACGAAGAAAUAGUUGAUACCAUGAUAAUGUUGUAUAACGAAGUCAAGUUGAUUCAUGCUGAUCUGUCAGAAUACAAUAUUUUAUGGUAUGAUGGAAAAUGUUGGUUUAUAGAUGUUGCACAAUCAGUUGAACCUGAACAUCCAAGCGCAUUAGAAUUUUUGAUGCGUGAUUGUAACAAUAUAAUAUCGUUUUUCAAACGCCGAGAACUGCCAAAUAUUAUGACAAAAGAAGAAUUAUUCGAGAAAAUAACAUCUUUAAAUGCAGAACAUUAUAAUGCCGGUAUGUUGGAAAAAAUACAUCAUCGCGGAAUUUCCGUUUUACAAGCCACUGCCCCUAAUCUAGAAGGUUGUCCAGAUGAAAAGAAACCUUUAGAAUAUCCGUUUGAGCUUGCUUGGGAAAAGUCAAUGGAGGAAAGGAAUCAAAAAUCAAAAGAAAGUGAUAAUAAAAUUAUAGAAAGUACAGAGGCUUUAAAAGUCAUUUCUAUAGGAGAUUAAAUCAAAUUUUUUUCACUGCGUACAUUAUAUUGCCAAAAUAUAUAUUUAAAAAAUGGACAAUUUAAAAGAUUAUUAAUAAAAUUAAU